GCGCAUCGUGAACGAGACGCGCGACUUGCCCCCACCCUUCCUCCUCUCCCCCGCCACGCUCCGCCACCACCACCGCCACCACCGCCUGCCCGACCUGCCCGGCCUGCCCGCCACAACGCACGGCGCCCAGGUGCGAGCGGCACGACUCGGCACGCGACCAGCGCCGCACACUGAGCAGGAUGCGGCCCUACCUGCAGGUCACCCUGUGCGACUUCGACCUGGGCAGCCUGCAGAACAACGCCGGGCCCGACGUGAACCCGCGCUGUGCCGUGCAGGUCAAAGAGCUCGUGGACAAAGAGCGGAAGACGCUUCGCCAGGUUCAGUCGACGCAGUACCCGCCAUGGCAGGGCCACUUCGACACACCCGUGGGCGACUCGCACGUCCUGCACUUGCUGCUCAUCGGCAAGCCGGAGCAGGUGCUGGCUGAGGUCACGGUGCCCGUCGACGGAAUUGCCGAACGUUGCCAGAAGUCCGGCGGCAAAACCGACGUGUGGCUGGACCUGAAGCCAGCGGGGAAGUUGCUGGUGUCUCUGCGGUACAUCGACGAGAUCAAGACGGGUGCCCCCAAGGACUGGCAGGGCCCCGAAUGGCGCGGCGUGUCCAUGCUGAACCGUCGGCGUGGCGCCAUCAAGCAGGCCAAGGUGCACAUCGUGCUGGGCCACGAGUACACCGCCACCUUCUUCCGCCAGCCGACGUUCUGUUCCGUGUGCCAGAGCUUCGUGUGGGGCCUCAACAAGCAAGGCUACCAGUGUCGCCAGUGCAACGCGGUCAUCCACAAGCGCUGCAUCGACAAGGUCCUGGCGCAGUGCACGGGCAGCGCGGCCGACAGCCGCGACACGGCGCUUCAGAAGGAGCGCUUCAAGAUCGACAUGCCACACAGGUUCCGCACCAACAACUACAAGAGCCCCACGUUCUGCGACCACUGUGGGACUCUGCUCUGGGGCCUGGUGAAGCAGGGACUGAAGUGUGAUGCGUGCGAGAUGAACGUUCACCACCGCUGCAAGGGGAAGGUUGCCAACCUGUGCGGUGUAAACCAGAAGCUGAUGGCCGAGGCGCUGGCACACAUUGACACGACCCAGCAGACGAUGAAGAUGCAGAAGGGAGGUUUUUCCGAAUUCCAUAAUUUUGAGAACAUGAUCCCCAACUUGCAGAAGGCCAUGCAAGCGCAGGAGCAAGCCAGAGAAGACGCUGGCGGCGAUGACUCUUCGUACAACAUCACCUGCCCCAAGAGCCCCGACGAGUCACCGACGAGCCCCAUCCCUCCCACCUCGCCCGGUCUGCUCUCCCCCACGCAGCCCGGACGUGCCUCCUCGGGCCAGGCUCCUCCCAAGCCCAUCAAGCUAGGCCUCAGUGACUUCAUCUUCCACAAAGUGCUCGGGAAGGGCAGCUUUGGAAAGGUCUUCCUGGCCGAGCUGAAAUCUCGCCCGAGGAACUUCUUUGCCAUCAAGGCCCUGAAGAAGGACGUGGUGAUCAUGUCGGACGACGUGGAGUGCACCCUCGUGGAGAAGCGCAUCCUCUCCCUCGCCUGGGGCCACCCCUACCUGGCACACCUCUACAGCACCUUCCAGACCAAGGAGCACCUCAUGUUUGUGAUGGAGUAUCUGAACGGGGGCGACCUCAUGUUUCACAUCCAGGUCAAGGGUCGCUUCGAGAUCGACCGAGCAACGUUCUAUGCAGCCGAGAUCGUGAGCGGACUCCAGUUCCUGCAUGACCAGGGAAUCAUUUACAGGGACCUGAAGCUGGACAACAUCCUUCUGGACAAGGACGGCCACGUCAAGAUUGCCGACUUCGGCAUGUGCAAGGAGAACAUCGUGGGUGAUGUUCGUGCCGGCACCUUCUGCGGCACCCCAGACUACAUCGCCCCAGAGAUCGUGAUUGGACAGAAAUACAACUGCUCCGUGGACUGGUGGUCGUUCGGGGUCCUCCUCUACGAGAUGCUCAUCGGGCAGAGUCCAUUCCGUGGUGACGACGAGGAGGAACUGUUCGAGAGCAUCCGCACCAGCGUGCCCUACUACCCACGAUGGAUCACCAAGGACUCGCGCGACAUCCUGCCCCUGCUGCUGGAGCGAGAACCUAUGAAGAGACUCGGCGUCACUGGGGAGAUCCGGCAGCACCCGUUCUUCCGCACCAUCAACUGGGAAGCGCUGGAGAAGCGGGAGCUGGAGCCGCCCUUCAAGCCGCGCGUGAGCUCCCCCGGGGACUGGAGCAACUUUGACAAAGAGUUCCUGCAGGAGAAGCCUCGGCUGUCGCGUGGAGACCGCAACCUCAUCGACUCGAUGGACCAGGACACCUUCUCCGGCUUCUCCUUCGUGAGCCACGAGCUCAAGACCGUGCUGCGGUAAAACCGUGGCGGUGCGCUCGGCCACAUCGCUUCAAUUAAUACAGACGACAAGUGGGGUGCGCACCAGCAACUUGACGACAAAUAAUCCCAAGCGCGCUCGUCCCCCGUUCGGCCUCGUGUCGAGAGAUUCCUCCUCUCCCUCCUCCUCUCCCUCCUCCUCCUCCUCCUCAUCCGUCAAACUUUAAGCUUCAUCACCGCGGGCGUCUUCAGCUCUCGAGCUCUUGUUUCGUUUUGAUUGGGGGACCGCGAAGCGUUGACUUUUCCCGCAUCUCGUCCUGAAGGUUCCCGCCCUGGCAGCUUGGACGCUAAAACCGCCUCGUAACUGAGAGGGAAUUGCGCGUCGACUCGCCCCGGUGAGAGAGCUGAAGCGGCGACGAUGACGGUGACCGUCACGGCGUUCGCCCCGCCCCCGCUGCCGCCUCCACCGUACGGGCAACGAGAGGGUCUUUGAUGACUGAAAUAAUUUUCCGGCCCGGCCAGAAUUACUGCCGCAUGGCUUUGACACGAAAAUUAAAUUAAUGAUGAACCGCUAAUCCUGGCCGCGGAGAAGCCAGGCCGCAAUUGCGUGCUAAGUUGUUUUGUUCUUCUCGUUGAACCGGGCGAGAGCGCGGGAGGCAGAGAGAGAGACAGGAAGCGGUGGCUUGGGUGGGUCACCCCUAAAAUCACGAAUGGGUUUGAAGAAAAGCAACAAUACAGCCAGAAAGAUAAACAAAUGGGAGCAGAGCGACCACGUCACUGGAAGUCAAAAGCGCCGCGCAAAGUGACCGGAGCUUACGUGAGGCGAAUAGAAAUCUGCGUUACGGGAGAAGUCGAAAACACUUGCACAAAGCUCGUAUUGACGAAACGCAAUGGUGAAAUGGUGCGGGAUAGUCGCAGUGAGUCAGCGGCGUGGCAAAAGCUUGGGAUGGGAAAUGCCCAACACUGCCCAAAGCAGAAAAUCCAACGGCGGCGGUUUGCAUGCUGAAUUCGGACUAUAAGUUACCGACGUAAUGUUACGGGUUUUUUUUUUUACACCGCUCGCCUCUGAGAAUUCCAAAUGCCUCUCUGCCUCACGAUGCCGAUAGCACAAACUGAACGCGAGUUGGGAGAGGAUUUACACGAGAACCAGUGAGACGCUUUUCCUGGCCGCGUGCAAAUGUUCCAAAUGACUCGGGACCGGCCACUUGACUGCGGAGAAAUAAAACCGUAUCGGAGCAACGGGCCACGUUGCCGGGGUGCAAUGUCGGGUUUAGCAACUCGCGAGUUUAAGCGGAGAUGCUGAAGUGCGACGCGUUGAUGGGUUGCGGCUGAUUCGGCAGCAAAUGCGCAAAAAAACACUCCGUGUUCUCUCACUUCACGAGGCUUUGCUCCACGCACGUCAAUUGAUCGCGACGUCAGCGGCGAGGCGCCGCAUCACCCGGAGCGGGCAUGAGGCGACUGCGAAGGGGGGGGUGUCUCGGGAGUAGUUCUGCGGCGCACGCUUCCGGAGGCCAAUUCUUCAUUCGCCAGAGGAGGGGCGGGGUGGGGGGGGUUGACGCCACACCGCUUCCCGUGCGAGUCACGAGCGAGGUGGUCAGCGUCUCGCGGGGACGGCGGCAGCGUCGACGGCACAGCCGGAGGUCGGAGCGACUGGAAAAACGAGGAAUGGCCUCGCGCGUGCGCGCAUGCUUGUGCGUGUGUGCAUGUGCGCACGCGGGUGGCUAUUUUAGUUAACGCUCGCUUGACUUGCGUGCAGUAUUUUCAAGUAGGGGCUGUUAACUGUAUAUAUAAAACCAUAUAUAUAGUUUUAUAUAUAUACUUAUGCAGAAAGUUACAUGUAUCGUUAUAUAUAGUUCUAAUAACUAUAUAACGGUCGCCUUCCACAGCGGUGGAAUCCCGAGGGGGCGAUCUAAUGACGUUUAACUGGCGACGGCGCUCUGUGUGUCACAAAACACCGCGCGGCCUUCGGAGUAGCGAACAUUGUCCUACAGGUGGCGCGUCGCGGGCAAUAGUCCCCCUCCGUAGUGCGCGCAGACGGAAUCGUUGUGGGAACGGGCCUUGUUUGCGGAUCGUGCCGUCAGCCUGCUUCAAAGGAUGGCCCUAACGCGCGAGGCGCACACCUAGAAUCCGUGUCGAGGAGCUGCGGUUCGGCCCGAACAAAAUCGGCGGCACGCUUUGGAAUGCGCCCUCACCACCGGUCCCGUGGACCGCCCCCAGUCUCACUCAAGAGGCCCUUGGGCUCCUGCCCAGGGCACUGGCACCGACCUUGUGCUCACGAAGACAACACUUCCCAUGAUGCAAAGUGCUGGCGACAUUUUCGAAUUUUACUUUUUAACAUAAAUACCUUUAUUUUGUAGGAAUGCUUUUUGUUUUUUUUUGCAGGAUGUGUCUGGUACUUAGGGGCCGUCCAUAAAUGACUUCACGCGAUUUUGGACGAU